UCGCGUGCGGCUGUGAGUGAAACGAAACGUCACAAGCCUGUGCGAGAAUCAUCUCAUCUGUCAAUUAUUUCAUUUGUUAUAUUAAAAAAAAUGGGUCCAAAAUUAAUAUUAAUUGUUAACUAAAUCAGUAACUUUUGUAUUUUUGUAUUAUUAUAAACAUUGGGUGGAAACAGAGAUUUACGGUAAUUACGGGAUUGUGUAAUUGCUAAUAUUGCUGUCAAAAUUAACUUUUGUUUUUGUUAGCAAAAUAGACCGUGGUGUGUCGAAUAGUUGCCCUGUUUAUUUUCCACUUGAACUUGAUGUGAUUACAAAACGUUCUGUGCCAGCCAGCCAGUUAGGUGGUGACUAAACAAUCUAUUUUCUCUUGUUACUGUGACUGUAGUGAAAAACAAGAUGUCCAAAGUAUCCCUGAACAACGUUCCUUCAAACCCACGAAUCAACCGCUUGAGAACAUUCUCUAGGACUGAGAGUGAAACAUCAUGCGAAGAAGCGGCGCGCCUCACAGCCGAAGGGGCGCCCGCUGAAGACGACGACGAGGCUUACGACUAUGGAGCCCUACCGCCGCCGCCCGACGGCGGCUACGGCUGGGUGGUGGUGUUCGCCUCCUUCAUGUGUAACCUGGUGGUGGACGGCAUAGCGUACACCUUCGGGAUAUUCCUCCCGGAGCUGGUCACAUACUUCGGGGAGGGAAAAGGAACUGUCGCGUGGGUCGGCAGCUUGCUGUCCGGAGUUUAUCUGGCUGCUGGUCCGAUAGUGUCAGCGCUAUGCAACAAAUUCGGGUGUCGAGCGGUGUGCGUGGCAGGCUCCCUGGUGGCUGCCACGGCGUUCGUUCUGUCCACCUUCAGCAAAAGCGUCACUGUGAUGAUGAUCACCUACGGGUUACUUGGAGGAAUCGGCUUCGGUAUGAUAUACCUGCCGUCUGUGGUGGCCGUGGGCUACUACUUCGAAACGCGGCGGUCGCUGGCGACCGGUAUCGCGGUGUGUGGGUCUGGAGUGGGCACCUUCAGCUUCGCACCCCUCGCUUCCAUACUGUUGAAUGAGUUCGGCUCAUGGCAGAACGCUAACCUGCUUCUGGCCGGACUCAUUCUUAACUGCGCCGUGUUUGGUGCGCUUAUGAGACCGCUGGUGUAUCCUAAGUCGUCAGGCGAAAAGCCUCUGCUGCAACGAAUGGCUGAAGAGAAAAGACUGCAAAUGGAACGGGGAUCAAUUGGGGGGUCAUACUUCAUGGUGCAAUUACCUGAUGGCACAAUGGAAAAAAGACUGAAGGCGCCACUGAACAUAGACCCCGGCGUGCACUCGUCGCUCAACCUGGAAGCGCUCGCGCGCGUGCCCACGGUGCCCAACAUGCCCGGCGUGCCCACGGUGCCCACGCUGCCCACCAUCACCGAGGCCAAAGUGGCCGAGGAUAACGGAAUGAAGAAGAAGAGCGACAAGGAGAACGGUUCAGCGUUGCAAACGGACAAGCAGAUAUCUCGCAACGUGUCGUCGCCGGCGUUUAGUGCGCAAGCGCCGGGUCUGCCAAAGAACGGAUCCGUGCCGUUCUUCGAUCGCCAGCGCAAGCACUCUACGGGAGAUAGAUUUAAACCGUCCUUAGCUGCCAUUAAAGCCACGUCCAAAACCUCAAUGAACAGCCAAAGAAACGAUGGGGACACAGAAAGCAUGAUGUACCAGUCCAAACUGUCAGUGUCUGGCCCGCGGGAGCCGUCCCGCAUGGUGCGUCCCAUGUCCCGCAAAGACAUCUUCUACUCGGGCUCCGUGCUCAACCUGCCCCAGUACCAAAGCCAGAAGUCUUUACAAGGGUACAGGAACUCGGUGCUGAGUUUGCCUCAGAGCAGGCAGACUGGCGACCUGGAGAGAGCGGAACAAUACGACCUCUGUCCCUGCCUCGCUCUGCCCAGCUCGUUCAAAUCCGCUCUGUCUUCCAUGUUGGACGUAAGCCUGCUUCGAGACCCGGCGUUCAUGCUCAUCGGCGUGUCCAACAUCUUCGGCAUGGCCGGCCUCUACGUGCCCUUCGUGUACAUCGUGGAUGCCGCCAUGAUGAACGGGGUGGAGGCGGGCAAAGCGUCGUUCCUGCUGUCGAUCAUCGGCAUCACGAACACGAUUGGGCGUAUCGCGUGCGGCUGGGUGGCCGACUUCCCCUGGAUGGACUCGCUACUGCUCAACAACCUGUGCCUCGUCAUCGCCACGGUAUCAGUGGCGGCGACACCUUUCUGCUACUCGUACGCUGCUUACGUUGCGGUGGCUAUUGCCUUUGGAAUUGCUAUCUCCGGCUACAUCUCUCUCACCUCCAUCAUCCUAGUAGACCUGCUAGGGCUGGACAAGCUCACCAACGCGUUCGGGCUUCUCAUCCUGUUCAGAGGCGCGGCCGCUAUAGUCGGCUCACCCCUAGCCGGUGCGGUGUAUGACGCCACCAAGAACUACGACGCGUCGUUCUACAUGGCGGCUGCGUUCUUCCUGGCGUCAACGCUGACGUCAUUCGCGGCGCCUACAUUCCGCAGGGGCGCGGCCGCUAUCCUAGGAUCGCCCCUGGCCGGCGCGGUGUAUGACGCCACCAAGAACUAUGACGCGUCGUUCUACAUGGCGGCUGCGUUCUUCCUGGCGUCAACGCUGACGUCAUUCGCGGCGCCUACUUUCCGCAGAGACGUGGUGGCUAUAGUCAGCUCACCCCUGGCUGGUGCUGUAUAUGACGCAACCAAGAACUAUGACGCGUCGUUCUACAUGGCGGCUGCGUUCUUCCUGGCGUCAACGCUGACGUCAUUCGCGGCGCCUACUUUCCGCAGAGACGUGGUGGCUAUAGUCAGCUUGCCGCUGGCCGGCGCUGUAUAUGACGCAACCAAGAACUAUGACGCGUCAUUCUACAUGGCGGCUGCGUUCUUCCUGGCGUCAACGCUGACGUCAUUCGCGGCGCCUACUUUCCGCAGAAAACAAGAAGCAGUCCAACAGCCCAUGGACGUUCUCACCCCCAUAGACGAGGAUCUCGAAGAAGGCGAUGAAGAGGAUCCUGACGACACGCCCAUAACAAUGGGAGCGCUGGCCAGCCGCCCGCCCGCCAUCGUGCGCACCGCCGCCUCGCCCUCCGACCCGCCCUCGCCCAGCCCGCCCGAGGAGCGCGCGCAGAGGGAGAGUGUGCUCUAACGUUACAGGUAUAAGACUUAAAAUUGCAUGCGCGCCUAGCUCAACUGAGGUCCGUGUACGGCGGGUUACUGUGCUACAUAAGACUCAACAUUGAACAUGCGUCUAGCUCGUCCGUGGUUCAUACGCAGUGGGAGAGUGUGCUCUAAUGCGAUACCUAUAAGGCUCAAAGUGGAGCGUCCGCUCGCUCGUCAUCGUGCGCACCGCCGCCUCGCCCUCCGACCCGCCCUCGCCCAGCCCGCCCGAGGAGCGCGCGCAGAGGGAGAGUGUGCUCUAACAUAAUAGGUAUAAGACUCAAAUUAGCCCGCCAUAGUGAUCAUAUGCAGCGGGGGGUGUACUCUAGUGCAACAACUAUAAGAUCCAAAGUAUGCUCUAACGCGAUAGAUGUAAGACACAAAGUUAAACGUGCACCCAACUCGCUCGAGGUGUAAAUGAAGUAAUUGUGCUCUAAUACCACAUCUGUGCUCUGAUGGAACAACUGUAAGACUCAAAGUUGAACGUCUAGCUCUCCCGCUAUCAUGCGUAUCUCCACCUUGCCCUUCUGUAAGACUCAAAGUUGAGCGCCUAGACUGGCCAAGGUACUGGGCGGGAAAAUGUACUCUAAUGUAACAGCUACAAAACUCAAAAAAGAACGUGCGUCUGAGCACCCGAGAUAUAUGCGCGGCAGGGCGUGGGGAAUGUGUUUUAAGAUAUCUGUUAUAAGACUCAUAGUUGAACAAGGGCUUGACUCGCCCAAGGUGCGUAAACACAAAGUGUUUUAUAGGGAAAGUAAUAAGAUUCAAAGUUGAACGCGCGUCUAUCCCUCCCGAAUGCGGCGGAAGAGUGCUCUAAAUGCUUUAAUGCUUCUCCGAUAAGACUCAAAGUUGUAGGUGUUGUCCGUUGUGAGAAAUUGAUAGCACACUGAAACAUCAUGGAGUAAGUUUUAUAAUGCCCCAAUACAAGAUUAGUAAAAGGGUCAUUCCAUGACAAAUGUUACCGAGGGUGAAAAACUAAAUAUGUUCUUUUCGCAUUAAAUCUGAUGAAUUUUGAAAGUAAACAUUCCAAAUUAUAAUGUGCAACAAAAAAAAUCUGAAAGAAACAAGUAAUUUUUAAGUUAUUAGUCUUCAAAGUCUAUACUUAAGUCAACUGUCUGUAUGAUCAUUUUCUUUCUAAUUAUUGGUAAUACGAUUUUAAAAAAACUAUCAAUCUGUGAAACGUUUUGCCACUAUAUGAUUCGAGGGUAUUUAUCAUAGUAUUGGUAGAUAGCGUCAUAGUCCCAAAAAAAUGGAUAAUUAUCAAGUUUUAAGUGUGUUUUCUUGUUACUUCGGCGAUGUAACACCCGAAACAGAAAAACAGGUAUUUGUUUUAUUAUUGUACCUUACACAUGGAUUAGGGUAACAAUAUUUGGUAAAAGUAAGGUCAUGGUAGUAAUGAUUUCAAAUACUAACUAAUAUCUGAGCAUGAUACUAAUUUAGUAUGUUUCUUUCUUGAUUAAAAACUGUAACACCCGAAACGUUUCGGGUAUUACAUUUUUAUUUAUAUGUCGAUAAUGUGUGUAUAUUGCUUGGAGAAGUGAAAAAGUAUUACUGUGAGAGUCCUUUGACCUCCCACUAGCGCUGGCAUCGGAAAAGGAGUCAUAUUUCUCAAUUUAAGACUUUUUUGAAAUGUCGACUUAACACUAAAAUUAAGGUAUAGCUAAAAAGUGUCGAUGUUUGACAUUUCCAAUAAAUAUCGUAAUUAGAAAUUAAAGUAAUGCUAUUUCAAGCCAAAAACAAUAGAAAAAGCUAUAUUCUGAGGAAAAAUUAAACUUGAACUUUGUAUAUUAAAAAAAAAAAAGUUGCUUCGUAAUUUCAAAUCAGAAUUCGCUCUAUUUGUGUUUAUUUGUUGUACUCCUUAUUUUGUAGUACCUAGAGACUUAUAAAACACCGAUUUUAUCGAUAAAACGCGUUGAAUUUUCGUACUCGUAACACCCGAAACAGAACCAUUGUAACACCCGAAACAAAGAAAAAAAUUAUAAAAAAAUAGUAAAACGUUUUAUCUAACAGUGAUUGUAUGUUACAUGGUUUGUAAAUGUCAUACUUUAGAAGUCCUGUAAGUUUUAGGUAUGAUUCCUUAACAAAAUUCGCUAAAUUUCGAGUAAAUGCAGCAACAGUCAGAACAUAGAGGCAAAAUCUCGUAACGCCCGAAACGCACACUUUUCGACUCAUAUUUUCGUUAUCUUACAUUCUAAGCUGUACAAACUUUAUUAUUUAGAUAAAACAACUAAAAACGGACAGAUUAAGGCACUAACAUUAUUAAAAUACUAUUUCAAAAUACAUGAAAUUGUUGAAUAUGUGUGUACGAACGUAACACCCGAAACGAUGGAAUGACCCAAAAGUAAUCGAGUUUUUUUUUUAAAUAUCAAAACGGCAAUGAUAUUAUUAAUUUCCUUCUAAUAACAAUUUCUUGCGUUUUCAAUUUCUCUCAACCGAGGGCAAAUAACAAUGGGCCUCGUUUGCUCACUGCAGUCUCAAAAGUGCAAAAAUGUGCUCUAAUUAAAUAAGUAGGAAAUAUAAAACCAAUCACAUAAAUAUGUAGGACUUAAAACGGAAAACAGAUAAUCAAAAUAAUAUCAUGCCUUAAUAAUAUAGCAAGUUUUUAUAACAAUAUUUAUUGACAUGCAGUUAAAGACAGGUUGGUCAUAACUUAAAUCGAAUCGUCCACACUUAUAAUGAUAAAAUGCAAAAAAAUAUAAUAGCGGACAUUACUGUUGCGCUAAUAAUAAUAUAGUAAUACAGUUAGUCGGGAUAGUGAUUUACGUUGACUAUUUACUUUAUGUCCAACCUACUUUUUGUUAACUGUACGUGUAAUAAGUUAUGUCAGGAUCAGCUUUGUUAAAAUAAAUAUACAUUCAAAUAACUUCAAGGCUUCUUUACAAAAUGUCAUCAUGUUUUAAUUAAAUUAACUUUAUACGAUCUCAUUACUAGAGACAUGGUUUAAAGGCAUCUUGAAGUUGAUAACUUGGCUUUAUAUUAUUAGUUCUCAUAUUGUAUGCCGAAAUGUUCAUUCAUUGUCAAUAAACUUGUAAUGUCGUACAAGUGAGCAUAUAAUAUAAAGUAUCCAAGUAGAAAUAGGGACAUAGUCACAUACGAAAACCGCUAAUAAAUAAGAAAUAGUUAUUUUACGAUAAAUAUGUAAUGAUGAUAAAUACUAAAAUGAUAAUUAUUUAAUACUACGAGAGUAAUGUACAUUACUUAAGAGUUACCAAGGUAUGUAGCACCGGUUUGAAAUACCUCAUGAGAGAAUAAAAUGUAUGUAAUAAUGACGUGGAAUUGACUGCGAGCAAUAAGACAAUUUGUAGUAGCAUUGCAUUUUAUACUAAGAUGGUUUUAAUUCCAACGUGCCAUAAUAGUUAUCGUGGUGCUAGCGUCAAUAUAAACUGUGUAACACGUGAGAAGCGAAAACUGCGAUAUAAUAACAUCAAUUUUAUUCGAUAGGAAACAAUACACACUACUGAGAUAUUUAGCAGUCCAACAUAGCAAUAAUAGUAGUACUUAUAGGCUAUAAGUACUUAGAAAGAUUAAAAACUUAAUUAGAUUUAUAAAUUUCUCUCUUUCUCUCCAACUUCUAACUCGCAUAUCAGAAUACACGAAAAAUCUAAGCAUCUAUUUUCUUUUAAAUGACAAUAAGGAACCUCUAUUGCCUUUAUUUUUAUUAAAUGUAUUGAUUUUGUAAAUGACACGGUAUAAAUAAAAAUGUUGGCGUAAAUGCUGCUACUAAUAUUGUAAAUAAAUAACAUUUAAAAUACAAAAAGAACUGCACUUACAAACUUAUAAUGUAAAUACACUAUUUAGGUAGGGACUCUUCAAAUUCUCACGUAUAUUGUAAACUCCUAAAAUCUUCCUUGCUAGAGAAUAAUUAAAAAACAGGACGAGUUCAUUUUUUUUUAAACUAAAAUUUUCUUCUAAACUUGACUACGAUACUGUCGUUUUAACUGAUUUUAACCUGUCCAUUCAAAGUUUCUAGGCUCAAAUAUGCCAAAGAUAGUCAAAUAAAAGAGCUUUUUCAUUUUGAGACAAACAUAAAAUUUGGCCCACAUUGUCCAUUACGGGAUAUCCAAAUUCGAUAACGUAGCAAACAAAAUUAGGUACUUGGAUACGGUCAUUUUUGUGACGAUUUUAAGAAAAUUGCAGUCAAAGACAAUGUAGAGUACUUACAUUGUCUUUGGCGUAGACUAGAGAUAUCUGCCUUUUCGAUCUUGCUAAGCUACUUUACCUUUUUCGAGCUUGGCUUUUAUAGGUAGCUUCUUGGGAGGUAUUUUAUUGACUAGAAUCGUCAUUGUUCUUAUUGUAUUUAAAUAUUAAUUCAAGUAUUGUAGAGAUUUUUGUCUCGAAAAAAUGGUAGGGCUUACUCGUAUAUGUAAUGAGAACAGUGACGAACACUUUUUUACCGUCUCUGAACUUUGUCUUUUGUGUGCCAUCGCAAUGAACAACGUAUUCCUGUUAAAUAAGUGAACUAAUUGUAAGUGAUUAGAACUAGCUGAAUAGUGAACGCAACGCAGUCAAUUUUCUGUGCAUCAUUAUUUAAUACCAAAUACCUACGUUUCAUUGAUAGUUAACGUCAAACUGUAGGGUCUAUUGAUAUAACUUUGUUAUUACACAUUUUUGUUUCAGCAGUAGAACUCUUAAACCCAGUACCUUAGAGUACGUUAUAAAAUAAACAAGAGUUCUAAGUGUGAAACAAAUUAGUGUUGUAUCUUUUAUCGACAUAAUUAUAUACUUGCCAGUCGAGUAGAUGUAAAUAAAAUAAGAGUGUUAAAUAGAUACAUGAUAUAUUUUUGUCAUAGAUAUUUUUUUGUCAAUAAAAGCAUAAUUUAGCUUUAAGCGUAAUUAUAAUGUAUGUAUAGAACGUCAGGUGUGAAAUGUUUAGGUAUAGACAAAAGGUAUUAUGUGAUAAAUACGAGAAACUUGAAACAGAUGUGCUUAUAAGACCUGUAUUUUAAUAAUGAUUUAGUAACAUACCAACUGUGGAGCAUUAUGUAUAAAGUUUGUUUGUAAAGUUUAGAAGAAACUGGUAUAAAACUGUACGAUAAUGUUUUAAGGAAUAAUCAAAAAGUUAUCGAUGAAUGUUACUGUUGUUAUAGCUUUAUGUAAACCAAAAGUGUUAUUAUGUUUCUAAGAUUUAAAAAUAUUUACAAGUCAAGGAAUGAAGGUUUAAACUAAAAUUAUUGUAUUCUCAUUAUGAAACGUAUAACAAUUUUAAUUGAAGGAGAGAGUUACGUUGUUUUAAUACAUAAUACUGUUUUAGUAUUCAAAGAGAUGUGAUGAUGUUGAAACCGUGUAUGCUAUUAUUAUUAUUAUUUUUGUAAUAACAUUUAUUAUUUCUUGGUCUAUCAAGUAAUGAACUAUUGUUUUUAAUAUCGGGACAUUAUUAUUCUGAUUAUGUAUUUUAUUCAGUAUUGGCUCUAAGUAUUUUUUACUUUUUAAAGUAAGCUGUUUGCACAUUUUUAUUCAUAGAAGAAUUCUUGUAAAUUAUUUUAUAAAGCUUCUUUCAUUUUGUAGGAUUUUUAGCAGAAGCGCUAUACUCAUAAAUUAUUAAUUGGUUAUUCGCUUUACGAAAUCUUUUAUUUUAAAGUUGUGUACUUAAAAGUAUGUACAGCUAAAUGUCUGAAUGGACAUGAAAAAAAUCAAAGUGAUAACGAUGGCUUUGUUUAUAAUUUGUAAAAUAAUAUUGUUUUGAUAUAAUAAUGUUUUUGACGUGUAUGUGUUAUGUGUAAGCAGCUUCGGCCCGUCGCCGCUUGCGCCGCCACGCGCUUUGUUGAUGAUGUCCACCGAAAACUUUUGUAAAUAACAGAUUCAUUAAAUGAUAAUGAUGACUGA